UAUAUAUAAUUGGCGUACACUCACAUACACUCACCAUAUACAUGCAACCAUUUCUCUCUGCAACUAUAUAUUCAUUUACAAACGCAAUUUGUUUUGGCAAGUUGAAGACAACUUUGUCUAUACUUGGUUUUUUACUCAUCCAACUCUUUAACUUCCUUUUCGUUAGGAUCUACAUAUACUUAUAUUAUCUUGGGUUCUUUCGAGAGGAGGAAGAGAAUUCGUUAAUUACAGUGGUUCAGUUUCUUGAGCUGCACAAAAAUGGCUGGAGAGGCCAAAGAGAGAUCGCUGGAGGAGACUCCAACAUGGGCUGUGGCUGUUGUUUGCUUUGUCUUGCUCCUUAUUUCGAUCUUGAUUGAACAUGUCAUUCACAUUAUAGGCCAUUGGUUAAAAAAGAAGCGUAAAAGUGCUUUAUAUGAAGCCCUUGAAAAGGUUAAAGCAGAACUUAUGCUGCUGGGAUUCAUAUCCUUGCUGCUCACAGUAUUUCAAGGAUAUAUCUCCCAGAUUUGCAUCCCAGAAAGCGUGGCUGCCACGUGGCAUCCCUGCAACAAGGAACAAGAACAGAAGAAAAAUUCUAAAGAUUCCAGCAAUUCGGGAAGAAGACUUCUUGAUUUUGCAGAUUCUGAAUACUACGAUCCUCGACGCAGCCUAGCAGCAGCGAAAGUUGACAAAUGUGGAGCGCAGGGUAAAGUUGCUUUUGUGUCUGCUUAUGGAAUUCACCAGCUCCAUAUCUUCAUCUUUGUGUUAGCUGUUUUUCAUAUUCUCUACUGCAUCACCACCUAUGCUUUAGGGAGAACCAAGAUGAAGAAAUGGAGGCAAUGG